AUGCGUCCCGUCGUCGAGGUAGCCAAUUGAGUAAUCGCGGGCGGGGUACUUUUUCAUAAAUGAAACCGUCAUUCCGAUCCCUGCAAUGGAAGACGCAUACGGACACAAUUCGGUUACUGUUGAUUGGUGUAAGGAUAUUCCACCCUCUAAUCCUCGCCCUUGACAGAAACACUUAUACUUCUUGUUCCUGCGUGUGGUUUCGUCACUAUAGUCUUGAUGUUUCGAAUGGUAGUAACAAAAAUGGAACGGAACUUAAAUGUCAAUUUAUGCAUCUUUUUGAUCAUCUCAUGUGUGGACUCCUGCUUUAUCCCCGGCUCCAUACAAGCAGCAGUACCUCAGACAGUACCAGUUGGGCAUGUUAUUUCAAAAGUUGAUGUCGACAACUGUGACACCAAGACCUUGCAUUUUACCUCUUGUGACCCGGACUUCACAGUACAGGCAGAUGGAACUAUAGUAACAGUCCACAUCACUAUCGUACCAGCCAAUGGCAGGACAUUCUCAGUGCAGUUUCAGGACCCCGAUGGUCAGAAGAAAAACAUGGAUGUUUACCUUGUCCAGAACUCUAGAAAAGUGUUGAAAGAUGGUCUACUAAAGCGCUCCAAAAGACGUUGGAGCCCUCUGCCCUUCAACAUCAUAGAAAACGACGUCCCUCCAUUUCCAAAGGAAGUUGAUCUGGUUGCAUCUGAUUCUUCUGCCGCAUACAAGGUGUACUACACCCUCAGUGGGCCUGGUGUGACAGAGGACCCUGUGGGUGUGUUUAGUGUGGUAAAGGAAACUGGGAUGCUGAAGGUCCACAGAGCUGUUGACCGCGAGGUUACCCCUCAGUUUAUAUUUCAAGCCAGAGUGUUUGACAGAUACACCAACCAGGAGACAGACUUACCAUUACCCAUCACAGUGAAUGUAGAAGAUGUGAAUGACAAUGCACCAACUUUCACUGGACAACUGCAGUUUACUGUGCUGGAACAAAGCAACACAGGUACCGUUGUGGGGAAGGUGAAUGCCAUAGACAAAGACGAGCCUGGUACAGACCACACUAAGAUCAGGUACUCCCUCCUCUCUGGGACCAACCUGUUCUACAUCAACCCAGAGACAGGAGUCAUCAGCACCAAAACAGACACUCUUGACAGAGAGGUGAACGACAAACAUUCAGUGACAGUGGACAUCAGAGACAUGAAUGGCGCUCUGAAUGGUCUAUCAAACACGGCUACAGCCACAAUCGUUGUGGGAGAUAUCAACGACAACCCUCCCACUUUUAAAAAGACAUCUUAUAAUGUGAGUGUUAUGGAGAACCAAGAGAAAGGCCUCAUCCUCAGAAUCCCUAUUGAAGACAAGGACUUAAUUAACACACCAAACUGGAACUCUGAGUUCAUCAUCACCAAGGGGAACGAAAAUGGGAACUUCAGGAUGGAAAGAGACCCAAAAACAAAUGAAGGACUAAUUUACCUAACAAAGCCUCUAGACUACGAGAAGACCAAGAACCUAAAGCUGGAUGUGAUGGCCCGUAACCAGGCUGAGCUGAGUGGGACCAAUGCCAAGUGGGUGUCCAUCCCUGUGGAUGUCACAGUGGGGGACGUGGACGAGGGACCAGAGUUCACUGCCCCCAUCGUACGAUUUACUGUCCAGGAGAAUACUCCAAACGACACCCUGAUCGGAACAUACACUGCUGUAGACCCAGAGACCAAGAGCAGCGCUGGCAUCAAGUAUUACAAGGUCUCAGACCCGGCUUCAUGGAUCAAUGUCGAUGAAAGCACUGGACAGCUGAAGAUCGCCAACACAAUCGACAGGGAGUCCCACUUCGUAGUGGAUGGUGUUUACAACGUCACUAUGAAAGCUGUGGAUGCCAGUCGGAAGACAGGUACAGGGACGGUGAUUAUUCAAGUGGAAGACAUGAACGACCACGUCCCAGACAUCCUCUCUAAAGACCUGGUGUUGUGUGAGAAGGAUGGGGGAGAGAUGGGCUCUGUGUUGGUGGUAGCAGAAGACAAGGACCAAGCUCCCUUCUCCGCCCCCUUCAUCUUCAAACUGGGAGAGAAGCAUGAUGACAAAUGGGCUGUGAAGCCACUUAACAGCACUGCAGUGAUGUUGGCGCAAACUAAGGAGCUCCCCACCGGCCUAUACACUGUCCCCCUGAUGGUGGGGGACCUGCAGGGCUUUGGAAGUACCCAGACUGUGACGGUCCGGAUCUGCCGCUGCAGGAACGGAGCGUGUCUGGCCCAACAGAACUCCACAUCUUUGGGGGUGUGGGGCAUCCUGGCCAUGUUGCUCGGUCUGGCUUUGCUACUUCUACUCUGUUUCCUUUGUGCAUUCGUGUGUGUGACGAAGAAUGAGAAAAUGGAGCUGGAGGAUAUGGGAGACAGUGGUGGUAUCCUGCUGACGUCUAACAUUGAGGCCCUAGGGGAUGCAGUGGAUUCAAAUCUCAUCAUUGUUCCAAAGUCUGGGAUUGACCAUUCAGUGAAGGGAUCCAUGAUUGACAUGGGGUGGGCUGGAGCUAAGAACUUGGGUAAGAUGGGAGGAGACCUGGGCACUCAACAGCAGUCCGGCAGCAGCGUCAUUGUGACCGAUAUGCAGAACGGCUUCUCUGACCGAUACAACGGCAGUCAAUACGGUGGACAAAAUGGCGGUGGACAAUAUGGUGUAGAUCAAUAUGGUGGCGGACAAUAUGCCAGUGGCAAUAUGACUUUUGACAACACACGUUUCAUGAAGUUCAACUGGCAAACCAACGGGCUGUUUCUACAACAGAAGUUGGCUUACCUAGGGACGGAAGAGGAGGGACGGUACGCCGAUGACAUCAUCCACGCGUACGGCUUCGAGGGGGUGGGGUCUCCGGCUGGCUCGGUGGGAUGCUGCAGUGACCAAGUCAACCAGGAAGACCUGGACUUCCUGAACACACUGGGGCCAAAGUUCAAGGUGUUAGCUGAGGUCUGCACUAAAAAAUGAACCAGGAAGAUCUAUUGAAAUAUUGUUUUUACUACAGAAAGUGUUCUCUCGUGUUUGUUUUUUGUUGAUAAUUAUGAAUUAUCAGAGGGUUGGCAUGCUAUUAUUAUCAAGGGUGAUACAAAACAUUGAGUCAGUCAUCACACUGAAUUGCUCAAACUGUUUGUUGGUUAGAGCCUUUUUGCACUGGAAAGUACUAUGUAUUGUAAAUAGUGUACAUUUAGUGAUUUAAGUGCCAAAGAUAAGAUUUUUUUUUUGUAAAUUGUGGUAAAAGUUUCAGUGUUGUAGAAUCAAAAGUUUGUUUAUGAGAUGCUGUAAAAACAGUACUUGAAUGUUAGAUUAGAUGAGAUUUUUCUAAUUACCUAUGAACUGAAUGGGGUACAAACAUUACUAAAUAAAGUCUAUAUUUCUCUUUCAAUGUUGGAUAACCUGAAUAAUUAUGCCUUGCACUUAUUGUCCUAGCUAUAUUUUGUACCAUUGUACGUUCUGUACAAGUCAACACAUGAUAAUGAAAUAAGUAGAGUGAAUAUGACCAUCUAAAGCAGACUGUAUGUAAUCCAAUCAUUUUUUCAAGACUGUUUGUGUGAGAUUCUAAAUGGCAUUUCUCAUCACAUUUUAGCCAUCAAAGAUUAAAACUGCCUUGUCGAUUAGGCUACA